AUGGCUUCAAAUAAUAAUAAUCAUCGUCAGGAUAACAAUAAACGUUCGAAUAAAAAAAAAAACUUUUCGAAUGAUAAGUUAAAUGACGGAAAUAAUGAUUUGAAUGCGAUUACUUCUCAUGGACCAUCAAACUUUUAUUCAAAUAACGAAGAUACUUUUCACUAUAUUGAGAGUACUGCAAUUACUUCUGUUCAUGAUGAAUCUAACAAACGUUCUAACAGAAGAAGAAGCAACGAAAUGAAUGAUGAUAGGAAUCGUACUGCUUUCGCUCCUCAUGGACCAUCACAAUCCUAUCCUAAUACCUCAAAUAACGAAGGUAACUCUCAUUUAAAUGAAGAUUUAUCUGUUACUACUGCACGUGAUGAGUUUAAACGUCCGAAUAGAAAAAACAAAAAUAAACUAAAUGAUAACAGAAUUAAUGAGUUAAAUGACGGCAGAGAACGUGUUGACAACACUUCAAAUAACAGAGAUGAUUCUUCUGUCGCUGUGUAUGUUGAGUCUAAUAAUAAACGUUCAAAUAAAAUUGAUGAUCAUAUUGUUACUGCAACACAUAACUCUAAUUAUUUAAAUAAAGAGGAUGAUUUUCAAUAUAGCGAAAGCUCAACUACUACGAUACGUGGUAAGUCUCAACGUCAAAAUAGAAGAAAAAAAGACAAGUUAAAUGAUAGUGGAAAUAAUAAGUUAGACGAUGAUAGAGAAAGUGUUUCAAUUACGUCACCUGGCCCAUCGGAAACUUAUCCUAGUGCUUUAAAUAAUGAAGAUGUUCCUCAAUCAAAAAAUACUCCGGUGCGUAAUGAGUUUAACAAUAAACGUUCUGAUAAAAGAAAAAAGCUUCCGAAUGAUGGAAGUAAUAAUUUAAAUGAAGAUAGGGAUAAUACUGCGAUUGUAUCAAGUGAAUCAUCAAAUACCUAUUCUGAUACUUUAAAUUAUGAGAAUGAUUCUCAUUCUACUGAAAAUUCUGGGUUUACUGCUGUGAAUAAUGAAUUUUCUAGUAAAAGUCCUGAUAAAAAUUUUUCAUCUUUGGAAAGAGAUAAUUUAUUAAAUAAAACGAAUCAAGUGGAUCUUUCCGAUUAUUCUUCUAAUUCUCAAAAUUUUGAAAAUAAUUUUCAUACUGAAAAUGUAAAAUCAGGACAAAAAGAUUAUGGUCAAGGUAGUCAUAAAGCUCGAUCCUUACGAAAAAAUGUUGCUUUAACUGAUGCUAAUUUUAAAGAGAAUAUAGAUAGUAUUGAUAAAGCUAAAUCCGCUAAGCAAAAGAAACAAAAGCAAGUAAAACAUGAUGUUACUAAAAAUAGUGAAAGUCAAGAAAGUUUUUCUUAUAAGUCUGCUUCAUUACAAAGUGGACAAUCUGUUCGACAAGAAAUCCUUAAUUUGGACAUAGAAAAUAAAGACUUGAAACACGAUAAUUCGGUCCAGAAAAACUCUGAUCAAGCUGGACAGUCUACUUCAGGGACGGUCGGAAUUACAGAUAUGGUUGGAAAGCUUAUUGAAAAAGUUCUUCCGAAAGUAAAUAACGAUGACAUUGUAAUUGUAUUCUAUGUUCAUAUGCCAAGAAUCAAUGAAAUCGGAUUUCCAUUUGUUGUUGGUAAUAUACCGGAAUUAGGAGAUUGGGAUAAAGAUAAAACCACAAUUAAGCUCACAGAGAAAAAAAUUAAUGGCAAACCUACAUCAUGCUGGGAAUCGAAACCAGUUCGCAUUCCACUUGCACAAUUUGAAAAAAAAGUUACUAUCGAAUACAAGUAUGCAAUUAAAGAGAAAGGCAAAAAGAGCAAGAGUAAACCUUUAAUAUUAGAAGGAGGUAAAAAUCGUGUUCUUGAAGUUGAUGGAGGUGAUAAAUAUGAGAUCUGGGAAGAAAAUGGUAGUAAAAUCACUUUCCCUUCCGAAUUUAGGGAUGUUUAUUUAGUGAAGAUAAUUUAUGACUCUGUGACUUCUGAAAACCUUAAAGAGAAGAUUAUGAAAUAUGAAAAGAUUUUAGAACGUUAUCCGAAGUCAACAAAAGCUGCUACAUCCAUUGAGUUUAUAAUGAAUUCAUUUCUCGAAGAUAAAUCCCUGGAAAAAAGGCUUUUCUUAUGUGUUCUCUUGGGGUAUUACGUGAAAGGAAGAGAUUCACAAUAUUCUUCUUUGCCUCCAAAAUUUCAAUCAUCUCUUGUUUUUGAAACAAUUCAAAAUAUUAAUGCUGAAACGUUCCAAUCUGGCACUUAUAAAAUAUUGGCAUUGACAAUUCCACUUUUGGUUCGACACAACUAUUUAUCUCUAAGUGAAACACACGAUUGGCUUAAAGUUUUUGGUGUAGCUAAUUUUAUCGAUCCAAAAUAUGAAUUCCUCAAUUACUUAACAGAUUUUAAUUAUGGCGAAAAAACGAUGAAUAAUUUUUUCAAGAGUUUUAAUGAAUUUGUUACUCCGAUUAUUCGCACAAUUGAUGAUAAAGAACUUUAUGCGAAAAUUGUCGAGUUCCUUGUUACUGUGUGGCAAGAAAUUGUUAAUCAUGAUGAUGAGAUUGAUGAAUUACUUCGACCGAAUUUAAUUGAACGUGCUCGAUCUAUUUUAAGCCGCACUGUUUUAUGCAAUAAUCUUUAUAUUUGUUACAGUGAUUUACCUGAACAACUCAAAAUCAUGUUUACUGAGAUAUUUCGGAAACAAUCUUUACGUUUAUUAUCGACUAGACAAAACCAACAAUGGGACAAAAAUCAAUUGGAUGCAAUUACCAAUCUUUUAACAAAUGAUCAAAUUCAAUGGUCUUUAGAGGAAUAUUUCAAUGUGCUAGAUAUUGUUUCCCAAAGUGUAGAUCUUGGAAUCCUGACACGAUUUCAUGAGCUGUUGAAAUUUGGAUUUAAAACGUUCAAUAUAAUAGAUGAACAAGAACAGAAGCUUUCACUUUUAUGCAAGCAAUGGUAUCGUCAUUUAUUAGAUCGGGCGUCAAGCUGUUCUAGCUCAAAUACUGAUCUUAGAAAUAAAUUUGCCUUUAUGGCGUUCAAUCAUAUUUCAAAGGUUUAUCCUUACAUUGGUAAAAUUCCUAUUUGGGAAGUUUUACUUGAAAUUGUAGUAAAUCGUGUUAGACUUACUUCUGAAAAUAUUAUUCUUGGUGCUGUGAAUAAAGUAGCGCAAAGGUUAGAGCCACCAGUUAUAGAAGCAUUUAUUGCUAUGGUGAAAGACAGAUUAACUGUAUCUAUAUUAUGUGCGGACAAUCAACUUAUGACAAAGAUCAAACUGAUUUGUGAUUGUACCACUGAUGAAUUGGAAAUACCUACAAGUGAGGAUGUCUUGUACUAUAUCAUGACUCGAUUACAAAAUUCUUGUGAUUCCCAAACUUUUACCGAGAAUUUUCACCUUUCUUUACUUAAAUCUGGAGAUUUUUGGAUUCAACUAUUGAAAGCCACCGGAAGUGUUGAUAAAUUACACUCACAUCCACAAAUUAAAGAAGUUCGGAAUGCUAUUUCUCAUCUUGCAGAAAUUUUAAUUGAAGAAUCUAUUAGUAUCGACUUACUUCAAGAACUUUUAAAGAAAGAUGAUGAUUUUUUGCUUACAUAUUUUGGUUUCGCUAUUAUGAAGGAUGAUUUACCAUCUAUAAACAAGGAUAUCCUGACAAAUAUUCGAAAAAAAAAUCAAAUUUAUGGAUUAGGUCUUGACUAUCUUAAUUCUUUUUAUACCGAAUUUUGUCCACAAUCCAUUGCCUUUGAUGUUAAAGAGUAUACAGAUGACAUUUAUGAAAUGCAUCAACGUAAAAAGGUUAUUACGCUUAGAGACACAUCUUUGACUUAUUAUUGGGGAAUGCACAUAGAUGUGUUGGGAAUUGCUGAAGAGUUAUAUAAAUAUAGGAAAUCUCAGACAUUCAAGAACUUUUUGAAUCUCAUAUUGAAUGACACAUUUGAAGGUGAUGUUCAAGAAGUUAAAUGGUUAGCUAGUACAAUGCCAGAUAUUUAUAAAGACUAUUGCCAGUGGUGUAGUUCUUAUUCGAAAUGGGAAACUCAGAGAUUUUCACAUGCCAAAGUCUUAUGGGAUAAAGUUCCAGAUGUCACUAGCGAACUUGAUUUGAUGGGUGAUUUAUUAAAAGUUGAAAAAAGUCCAAAAUUAAUAAGAACACUAACUGAUAUUUCCAAAGUUACCCAAUGGAUCGAUAAAUUACAACAACUUAGCGUAGUUGAAUCCAUCUUUAGGAUACAAAUGGAUGAGGAUGAAGAUGAUUGGUUGCUAGAUACAUUAGAUGACCUGAAAGAUGAUGAAACGCUGACAUUAGGAAUAUUGAGUGAUUCUUUUGAUCUAUUACAUGAAAGGCUUCAAAUGAUUGAUAAUGCAUGUUGGGCAUUGAUAAAGGAGUUGUCUCUUUCUGGAGAUUUCUUGAAUUGGAUUCGAUCCAUAGCUGACCAUGAUAUUAAGAAUUUGAUUAAUGGAGUAGACGAUCAUUCUGAUGAAAGACUUAUUCAGGAAGAUACAGUAUCAUCUUUAAUUCAAGUUAAACAGUUUCUUUUACCGAUUAUGAUUGAAGCAGAAAGUUGUUCACGAGAAAAAUUUUUGAAAGAAAUACGAAAUGUUACAGAAACUAAUUUUUCAUUAGCUAGUAAAAUUACUUUGUGUAAUUGCAACAGUAUGGCAUUACAAAAUAUGUAUGCUGCUAUUUCGAAUCGUGGCGAAGUAACCAAGGAAAAGAUUUAUAUUGGUGUCUAUGAGUUUAAAUGGACAUCAAAGGAUGAUACAUGCUCUACUACCUUAUCUUAUUCAUCUAAAAAUGGCGUAAAGAUGAUAUAUUCUAUGAAUGAUUUGCAAGAUUUACGUGGUCGAGCAUUGUUAAUAGCUAAACCUGCAUCUACAAUAUAUACUGAAGAUGAGGAAGAAUCAAAAGACAUAAUGAAUGAAUUUGUACUACAAGUUGACAAGGCACAAAACAUUAUUGAUGAAUCUACUAAGCUUAUCGAGGCUGGUCAUUUUAAUUAUCGUGACUACAAGAAAGAAGUUAAAGGUUUAGAACAAUUGAAUACACAUCUUAAAAAUUUAGAAAAGGAUUUAAAAGCUUGCACGGUAUCAAAGGUCCAACAAGAACAUUAUUAUUUAACAUUCUUUCCCGCUCGACACAUUCUUUCGUUUUAUGAUUAUUUUAGCAAUAGCAAGGGGCCUAAUCGAAGGAGUUGCGAAAGGACUUGCGAAACUCUUGUAAGAUAUGUCAAUUUUGAAGCCAAAUUACCAUCAAUGCGAAAUCCUAAAGAUGCAUUAAGUGUUAAAAAUAAUCAUUACAGAAUUCUUUGUGAAAUUGGAGCAAGAUUAAUGAGCAUUUUUGAAUUUCUACCAAAAGAUCCUAUUCCUUUCGAAGAAUGUGGUGAACGUGUAGUUUCUGAUGUUGUAUACCCCGGGAAAUUAUUUGUCGCUGCAUGCAGUGAUCGAUCAGUUAUUACUAAUAUUAUAAUGUCAUUAUAUGCUAACAGUAAAUUUUAUCCUAACGCAUGGCAACUCUUAAUUUGUACAUCAUCUACAACUUCAGAGGAAAUUGCAAUAUUUAUUAAGCGAUGUUCAUUUGCUUCGAACAAUGGAUACAAUGAUUAUCUUUUUUGUAUGGCUAAUCUAGAGGUUCUUGACUAUAAGUUGCAAUAUUAUGUAGUUAAACAAAUACGAAAUCUUUUAGAUAAAGCCAAAAAUUUUUACCUGGCUUUAAUUUGUUGUCAAGAAUCGGGAAUGCAUCAUCAUAUUUUGGAUCAAUUUUCUGAGUAUGUUCGUAAAACCGAUGGAUUAAGUGCUAAAUCAAUGAAAGAAUCGUAUCGAGCUAUAUGCCGAAAAGUAGUCUGUGUAACUUCUGAUUUAUCUGGACAAGGAAAGACUGAAUGGAUAAAACAAGAAAGUUAUAGAAAAAAAUUUAUUCCACGUACUUUUAUUGUUAAUGAUGGAGCCGAUUUUGGCAAAUUGGUGAGACAAUUUAUGAAAUUUCCGAUUCGUAAGGAAUUGGAUUCUUUACAUAUUAACAUCAUAUCAGCAGACAAUCCUUGGGAAGUUAAUAUGUUUUUAUUCCAUUUAUUAACAUUCGGAAUUGUUUCUCAUCAAAGCGAUAUUGCAACCCUUCCUGAUAUCUACAUAUAUAUCGAAGUUGCUUCUAGCGUGGAUAAUCGACUAGCAAAAUCAUUACCAAUAGUUAGUUAUUUAGAUACUCCGCAUCUUCGCUUCAAUCUUAAAAAAUUAAUCGUAUCAAAUGAGAUUUGUAGUCCAGUUCAAGUAGUUUGUCAUUACUUAAAUGCAUAUGAGAAUGCGUCAUUGGAUGAAUAUGAAAUAUCUUAUCUACCGCCUAAGCUAAAAUCUCUUCCUUCUAAAAGAUGUCAACAAUUAUUGUCCAAAUAUUUCUUUGAGACUAUUACACCUGAUCUUACAUCUUAUCGAUUCCUCGAAAUCUUUAUUAAUGUUUUUGCCAAUCAACUGAAUCUACGAUUAAUGAUCAAAGAAAAUAACAUUCGAUUAACUUUAUUCAACACCUUAAUGGAUGUUUCUAAAGAUUUUGCCACUAGAUCAAUUCAAACCAAAAGUUCUCAAAAACAAGCACUUUCAGAUUCACCAGAUCAAUUAGAAAAUAUAACUAGUUGGGACGAUUCUAAUCAUCUUUUAGUAUUUUUCAUGUCUCAAACACCAGAUUCUAUUUGUGCUUUAUAUCGUGAUAGAGCAAAAGUUCCUGAAAAUGUUCAAACUUUACUUAAAAGUCAACACAUUUCUAGAGAUAAAUGGCAGCUAGAAGAUUAUAGAACGAUGCAUAUGGAAUUAUUGUUGCAUAGAUUGGAAGGUUUAGCACGUAAAACUCAACAUCAAAUUAAUUACCCACCUUAUGCUUUAUCAGCCGAUAAUCUUUUGAAGAUGGCUUUAAUUUUGUUGAGAACACGCGCAAAUGUGCCUGUAGUAAUCUGUGGUGAAGCCGGAUGUGGCAAGACAAGCUUGAUUAGCUUCCUCGCCAGAGUGGUCGAAGCAGAAUUUCAUGCUUUAAAUCUUCAUGCUGGUAUAACAGAGGAAAUAAUCAAUCAAUUUAUGGAAGAUUCUCAGAAAAACGUUGACCAACAUGAAGUCUGGUUAUUCUUUGAUGAAAUCAAUACAUGUAAUCAUAUAGGUCUUUUAUCAGAUCUAAUAGCUCAUAGAGUGUAUAAAGGCAACCAAAUGGUGCAUCCAAAUAUUAAAAUAUUUGCCGCAUGUAAUCCAUACAGAAUUAGAACUAAAAGUUCAAGCGUUGCAGGUUUACAAAUUAAAAGAUUUGAUGAACAAAGAAGUAAUUUAGUAUAUGAAGUGAAACCAUUACCAGAUCAAAUCCUAGAUUAUGUUUGGGAUUAUGGUGUUUUAGAACCAAGCGAUGAAAGAAAAUAUAUAGAGAUUAUGACAAAAACUCAACUUUAUGAAAAUAACUUAUAUCAUGACAUUCUUCCUGAUUUAUUAUUUACAUCACAACAAUUUAUUCGAAAUAUUGAGGAAAAAUAUACUGUUAGUUUGAGAGAUGUUAAAAGAGCUAUCACUUUAAUAAAGUUCUUUCAUGAUUCAUUACAAGACCGGCCUCGAGUUAGGAAAAAUGUGUCAUAUCCACCUGUUAAUGCUAGACCUAAUAUGAUUUUUCGUUCGUAUAUCCUUGGAUUAGGACUUUGUUAUCAAUCUAGAUUAUAUGAAAAAGAACAACGAACAGCAUAUAGGAAAGAGAUGUGUAAAAUAUUUCUUAAAAAUAAGAUUCAAAUUCGAGAAGAGUUGUUUGAAGAAGUGAUUAGAAAAGAACAAGAAGAUUACGUUGAUAGAAUGACACUCCCAUUCAAUACUGCAAAAAAUGACGCGUUAUUGGAAAAUGUGCUGGUGAUGAUUGUUUGCAUCCUCACCAAAAUUCCCGUGUUUAUUAUUGGAGCACCUGGUUCUUCGAAAUCGUUAGCAAUUCGACUUGUAAGUCAAAACUUACGUGGUUCAGAUUCCAACGAUGCAUACUUUAAAAAACUACCUCAGGCAAAAAAGUUUCAAGACACAAGUUCUGAUGACUUUCCAGUAGUCAGUGUCGUGUUAUUGGAUGAAGUUGGUUUGGCUGAAACAAGUCCACAUAAUCCAUUAAAAGUUCUUCAUUCUCUACUGGAACCGAGUUAUCCUGCUGAAGGACCAACUGUCUCUGUUGUUGGAAUUAGCAAUUGGAGAUUGGACAAUAGCAAGAGUAGUAGGGCAUUGUUAGUACAAAGACCGCAAUUAACUCUUGAUGAUCUUGUAGAGAUCGCAGUACGUUUGCUUAAUGACGAAUCAACUACAAAGAAAUCUGCAUUGGAACCGGAAGAAAUAGAGCAUUGCAAAAAAGUAUACUUUAAAGAUCAACAUCAUGACCAUCUGGAAGAUUAUUUUUCAUCUCUGCUCGCUACAGAUGAGACAACCAAAGUUAGUGCUAUGAAUGAUCCAGGAGAUCACCAUUUUGAAAAACUCCUUGUAUACGAAAUAUCAGAACAAAAAUUAUUUGAGCUUGAAUCAACAGACAUUAAUCAACUACCAGAAUGGCAACAUGAAGUUAACAAGAUAAUCUCACUUUGUACAAAACUCCCAGAAGCUUCUGAUAUUGAAUCUUUCCAUCUCUUACAAAUAUGUAGUGAUUUAAUAUCCACCGAAUCAAUUCCAUUAGAUGGUAUUAAAAAAAUUAUAAGAGCGGCAUAUCCAGAGGGAGCGCAAGAAAUUUUUACUAGCAAAUUUAUCAAGACAGUAUUCCAAAUUCUUGAAGUUAAAGAUUAUGUUCCAAGGAAGUUAUUUAUAAUCAAAUGUCUUGAUGUUCUUCCAUUAAUUUCAAAUAUACGUCUAGACCUUUAUAAAAAUUUGUUCUCGAAAGAUCCUUUUCCACUUAUGUCAAUAAUAAUUUACAAAAUCUUUCAACAAGAAGAUGAGAAAAAUAAAGAUAUAUUCUUUCAAUUGCUCAAAAUGCCUAAAAACGCUCGAAUAAUCUCUCCGAGGUUAAAUGCUAUUAACAAUUGUUUAUCAAAUCAUGGACUUGGAUCUUUUAUGGCAACUUUAUGUUGUGAUGUUUUGCAAAAAUCAAUUUUCUCCAAUUGUACUCUAGAAUAUUCAGCAGAAUAUUUUCAAGAUGCUAUUAAAGCAUUAUUAAGACCAGAAUCAGACUUAGCAACAUUACAUAGAAUUGCAUCGAUAGCAUUUCUUAAAGAGUUCGUUCAUCAAUUCUGGGAUUGUACUAAUAGUGAUAAUAAAGUUUCAGACCCUAUAGAAAUUAAUAACCUAGAAGUAGGAGAUAUUGAAAUAUCCGAGUUAACCCACCGACUUAACUACAUUAUGGAAGUAAAUAAGCAAGUUCCAUUGAUCCAUUCCCUUAGAAUAUAUUUUUUGCGUGCUUUGCGUCGAUGUCAUGAAUUCUCAUUGGAUGAUGUGAAGAGAUUUUGUAAAGCUCAAGAAUACACUUUUCCUUGGUUGUCAAGUUUAUCAUGGGAAGAUGAUAAGAAAUCGAAUAGGUUCCCUUUUAAUCCGUACAGAUCUAUAGAAGAUUACAAUAAUUUAGAGACUACGUUUGCACCUCUUUAUAACUUUAACAAUAAAGGGCCAUUUGAAAAGAACUUUUUUAAUAAGUUCAAAAAGAAGAAUUCAAACUUAUCUCAUUUAGCGUUAAUGGGGUUAAUAUUUAGUCGAUUACACGCAAUUAGAGCUUCACGCCAAUGGACAGAAAAUGAAAUUUCAACAGCGUUGAUUUUACAAGAAAAAAUUGAUAGCGUUGAUCAUCUUUCAACAAUCUAUAAAACCACCAUAAAAAGCAUCAUCUCUAAUGAACACAUACUUUUAGGACUUAAUGGAGCUAUUAAUAAUCAAGAUUUAUUGAUUAAAUCUGUUAUUGGACAUACAAUUGCAUUACAUGCGUCCAUUCGCCAUGAUUCGUCACCUCUUGCUCAUUUAUUACAGAAUUUACAUUACUGUACUGGAUUAUUUAUUCCGGCUACUCCUUCGGAUGAAACAUCUAUUGUUUUGAGUGCAGUUCUUCAGAGAGAAUCAUUAACACCAGAUCUGGAGAAAGAAAUUUCUGAUGCGCUUGACUUUAAUAUUACUGAUGAUACGGAUUCUGAAGAAAAUAGUUUACAACUAAUGGAUGAUGGUAAUGUAAUUGCUGAAGAAAAUGAAAAGAAGGUUAAGAAAAUUCCAGCAGAGGUAUUUGCUGGUACAAUAAAAAGAUUUAUUCUUAGGUUUUUGAUGAAAAACUUGAUUAAGGAAGACCAUCCAAUGUCGAUUUAUUUUACCGAUGAUUCUUUGAACUUGUGGCCAGCCCAAAUUUCUGAAGAAUUAAUCGAUGAAUUGUUCCCAACAAGUUUAAUGGUAUGCCAUGCUUUCGAAGCUUAUCGAUUUGUUUCUGAAAAAAUUGAGGGAGUGAAGCAAGUAUUGAGUCAAAACCAAAACACCUCAAAACGUUUUCAAAGAAAUAGAAAUCCCAUGCAGAAAGAUCAAAAUGCUUCUCAUCAAAAUGUUGGUCCUGAAAAUAGUUCAUCUAAUACAUCAUCCAAUAGAGGGUCUUAUGGUUCUAGAGGAGGUAGAGGGUUUAAUAAAGGACGUAACAAUGCUUCAAGAGGUCAGAAUCAAGGAAAUAGUAAUGUUUCAGGAGGUAAUGAUCAUUCUGAAAAUGCAGAAUCUUCGAAAAGAGGGCGUGGCAAUAAUCGAAAAAAAUCAAGAAAUCAAGAUUUUAACAAAAAUAAUGUGUU